AUGCGGUCAGGGAUUUCUUGCGGAUUAACUUCGUAUUCUGCUAAUUGCUUCGUCAGCCACAAAGUGCUGGGUCCUCUUUAUGGCAAUGAUGGUAAUGAUUACUCUGAUUGGUGGUGUUCUGGGGGGGAGGGAGGGUUCUUCAUGGGUGUGGGCUACUUCAUGAGUGUGGACUACUCCAUGGGUGUGGACUACUCCAUGGGUGUGGGCUACUCCAUGGGUGUGGACUACUCCAUGGGUGUGGACUACUCCAUGGGUGUGGACUACUCCAUGGGUGUGGGCUACUCCAUGGGUGUGGACUACUCCAUGGGUGUGGACAACUCCAUGGGUGUGGGCUACUCCAUGGGUGUGGACUACUCCAUGGGUGUGGACUACUCCAUGGGUGUGGACUACUCCAUGGGUGUGGGCUACUCCACGGGUGUGGACUACUCCACGGGUGUGGGCUACUCCAUGGGUGUGGACUACUCCAUGGGUGUGGACUACUCCAUGGGUGUGGACUACUCCAUGGGUGUGGGCUACUCCACGGGUGUGGGCUACUCCAUGGGUGUGGACUACUCCAUGGGUGUGGACUACUCCAUGGGUGUGGGCUACUCCACGGGUGUGGGCUACUUCAUGGGUGCGAGCUACACCACGGGAAUAUUGGCCAGUCAUGGGGGGUAUGGGAUUCCUUUGUAA